UGCUAAUUCAUCAACCGGUCUGGCGCUGGCAGCCGAGGCGGCGGUGGCGGCAGAGUCAUGGCCGUGGGGCUGUCUGAGCCGGCGAUCUGCCUCCGGGACUGAGACCCGCGCCGCCUCCCGAGCUUCCCACAGGCGGCAGAAUCUGUUUCCAGGAAAGGUGGUUUGGGAACCAGAUGGUGGGGUCUUCAGGCCUGCGGAGGAAAAGUAGAUGACGGUGGUGAUGAUGUUGAAGCUGAUAGCUGUGGUGGUGGUGACGGCUCUCGUGCUCUGUUUCUGUGCUCCUUCUGACCCGCCAGGGAAAACCACCUCUCUCCCUAAACACCCCAAGAUCCCAUCUCCCCUCACCAGUCCUGAUCCUAAGACCUCUGCUCCUUUUGCCCUCAGCAGCUACCUGGAGACUGACCCCUCAUCAGCCACCCCCGUGGCUGCCACGGUUCCUGCCGCCUCUAAGAUGUGCCCCGGCAACUGGCUCUGGGCCUCGGUGACAUUUAUGGCCCGCUUCUCCCGGAGUGGCUCGAGGUCUCCUGUUCGCACGAGAGGGGCCCUGGAAGAGAUACCAGCUGUCCAGCAUCCCUUCCUCAACGUCUUUGAGCUGGAGAGGCUUCUCUACACGGGCAAGACGGCCUGUAACCACGCCGACGAGGUCUGGCCGGGCCUCUACCUCGGAGACCAGUAUGUACCCAGCAGACUGGGACCACAGCUGAGUGUGUGUGUGUGUGUGUGUGUGUGUGUGUGUGUGUGCGCGCGCACGCAAAAAGAAAGCAGAAGAGUGGCGGAGAGGCGCUGAGUUGUGCUGUUGGUUCCACGUGGAGGAUGGAGGGGACGGGGUGCAUGGGCAGAGUGGAGGAGGGUUUGGGGGAGUUUGGACAGGAUUAUUGAUAGACUCAACUCUGGACAGACAGACUCUGUUCAAGGAAUCAUAUCGUUCAUUUAGUAAAAUGUAUGAUUGCGUGCCAGUGCUAAGGGCUGGACAUGUAGAUGACUCCUCUGACCUUCCACCUAUUGUGCCCUGAGACAAGGCCAUCACUGGGGCCGGGAACAGUGGUUAGUGAGGCGAAAGGUUGACCAAGCCAAGCCGCAGCGUGUGCAGAGGCUCACUCAGGUGCGUGGGGUCGAUGGAGAGAAGGGCGUCAAAGGAAGAGGAGGCCCCACUUGUCUCUCCCAAGGGCUUUAGAGACUACGAGGAGUUUUUCACAUGCCUUUUCUCUCUUAAUCUUCACGACAGCCUUGUGAGGUAGGUACCACUAUCCCCAGGUUACAGAGGAGGCAUCGGAAGCUCAGAGAAGUUGGGACUGGCCCAAGGUCACACGGGUCGUAAGUAGCAGAGCCAGGACUUGGAGGUUCAAGUUCAGGGCUCUUUCUGCUUGAGGAGUUGGCGCUGGACAGGACGUUUGAUAUGAUCAUGUUGGCUGAGCUGAGGGGUACGGGCCACAGGAACAUCUGAAGGUGACCUCCACCACAGGGUAACCAUGAGCGUGGAGUAACUGGCAAAACAGAAGAAGAUUCUGGUCAUCAGAGAGAGUCUAAAGUAAUGGGGGGGCGGGACUUCCCUGGGGGUCCAGUAGUUAAGACUCCGCGCUUCCACUGCAAGGGGCUCGUGUUCAACCCCUGGUGAGGGAGCUAAGAUCCCAUAGGCAGCGCAGCGUGGCCAAAAAAUUAAGAUUAAAAUUAAAUUUAAAAAAAUGGUUAGCAGGACAUUAAAUGUGAGCUGGUCCAACAACCCAUCCAAUGUUCAGAUUCGCUCUGCCACUUCCAGCCCCUAUCCAUUGGCUUCCUCUCUCUACCUGAAUACCCUGGUGUGAAGAAAGUCCCUCUCUCCCAAGGCGCCCCAAUCUUUCUCCGGCUACAUUCCACCGUUGGUAGGUACUUCCUUACAUGAAGCACAAACCCUGUCAGUCCUUUUCUCGGAUCAAGUAAAGUCCUUCUGUCUCAGAGCAUUCUUUCAA